CCUCUUCAUAUAAAGCAAGUUUAUUUUGUCUACAUCUGAAGUCUGCAUUUGGAGCAUCAGCAGGUUUCACUCUGAAAGUGGGACCCUCUGGACCCAAGGACUGUACAAGGACUGUAGCCGUUAGAGUGCUGGUGAACCUGGCAGUGUUUGGAGAACGGGAUGGCAGCGCUGUCGCAGAUGAAGAACUCGGCGGCAGUCGAGGAGUCUUUCGCCCUCUACAAGCGGCUGCUGGGAGAGCAGGUGGUCCUGAAUCCCAGGACAGGGGCAAUUGGAGAGGAGGAGCUUUCUGCCAUUCAUGACGUGUGCCUGCAGGAGGCACUCCAGCUCUUUAAGGCCAACUCCUUCAAGGAUGAAGACGAACGCUAUCAGAAAGAUCUCAUUGAGCGGAUAAAGGAGGUGUAUGAUGGGAAAUGUAGUGAGAACGCAGAGCUCUCCCGCUGCCUCUCAUUACUGCAGCGGCUGUCGGGUAAACUGAAUCACGAUUCCUACCUGAGACCUGGGGGAUAUGGAGCCUACAGGCAGCAGCUGGACUCCAUAGUUCAACUCUACAGAGCUACACCUGGGACAGGUGUACAGGCUGACCAGGUCCUUGAUGCCUUCUUAAAGGACCAACAGGAGAACAUGCAAGUCAUUCGGAGGACUGAGAAAGUUAUGACACAGCGAGAGAACCUUAUGAGGGAGGACAGAGUCUUGGCUGAGAGAAAGCGAUAUCAAGCAGAAGCAGUGGUGGCUCAAAGGAAGAUGGAGCAGAGGUUGGAAGGACGGUUUGUGGACAUGGAGAAGCCAGUCUGUCUGAUUGAGAACACUAGUGCAGGUGAACUACAGGUGAACCAGGAAGCCCUGAAGAUUCUGAACUCCAUCAGGCAGCCUGUAGUGGUGGUGUCCAUCGUAGGGAUGUACCGCACGGGUAAAUCGUACCUGAUGAACAGACUGGCUGGGAAGCAGACAGGGUUCUCCUUGGGCUCCACCAUCCAGUCUGAGACUAAGGGCAUCUGGAUGUGGUGUGUGCCCCACCCUUGCAGAGAUGACCAAGCUCUAGUUUUGCUGGACACUGAGGGUUUGGGGGAUGUGGAAAAGGGAGACCAGGCUAAUGAUAACUGGAUCUUUUCCCUGGCUGUCCUCCUGAGCAGCACGUUCGUCUACAACAGCAUGGGCACCAUCAACAAUGAAGCUGUGAUGAGCCUGCACUAUGUGACAGAGCUAACAGAGCACAUCAAGGUGAAGUCCAGUGAAGCGCAAGAGGGUGAUACAGCUGACGAAUUCCUCCACUUCUUCCCCACCUUCGUCUGGGCUGUGAGGGACUUCACUCUGGAGCUGACGAUGGGCGGACAGGCCAUCACUGCAAAUCAUUACCUGGAGAACUCCCUGAAGCUGGUGAAGGGUAAUUCCAGACAUGUGGUGUCCAGCAACGGCGCUCGAGAAUGCAUCCGGAACUACUUCCCAACGAGGAAGUGCUUUGUGUUUGACCAGCCUGCCUCCAAGGAGAAACUGAGGAUCAUAGACAAACUGACUGAUGCUGACCUGGAGCCGGCCUUUGUCCAGCAGACGCUUGACUUCUGCAGCUACAUUUUCAAACAAUCGAGAGAAAAAACUAUCACUGGAGGGUAUACAGUCACUGGACAGAUGCUGGGGAACCUGGCAGUGACGUACGUGGACGCCAUUCGGCACGGGAGUGUUCCGUGUUUGGAGAACGCGGUGGAGGCGCUGUCUCAGAUCGAGAACUCAGCGGCGGUCGAGGAGUCUUUCGCCCUCUACAAGCGGCUGCUGGGAGAGCGGGUGAAACUGCACACUGAGACUCAGGAGGAGCUCUCCACAGUUCAGGACGGCUGCCUGAAGGAGGCGCUGCAGCUCUUCAUGAAACGCUCCUUCAAGGACGAGGACCAGAGCUACCAGAAAGGUCUCAUGGAGCAUAUAAGAAAAGAGUAUGAUGAGAAAUGUAGAGACAAUGCAGCACUCUCCCAGAGUCACUGCACCGCUCUACUACAACAGCUGUGGAACAAGCUGGACCACAACUCCUUCAUGAGACCUGGAGGAUAUGAAAACUACCGGGUCCAGCUGGACUCCAUCAUUCAAACCUACAGAGCUACACCUGGGAAAGGUGUACAGGCAGAACAAGCUCUGGAGAUCUUUAUGAAGGAGAAAAAUGAUGUGGGUUUAUCCAUCCUGAAUGCGGACAGAAACCUCUCAGAACAAGAGAGGAAGCUGCAGGAGGAGAAAGCGCGUGUGGAGAUGGAGAGAUUUAAGGCAGAGGUGGCCCGUAGGGAACAGGAACACACAGCAAACUUUUUGAAGGCUGCAGAGAGAGCUCACAGAGAGAAUGAAAAGCAACUGAUGCAGAGGAUGGAGAAGGAACGACGUGCUGUCCUUGAGCAGAACCAGAGAGUUCUCAACCAACGGAUGCAGGAGCAGAGAGCGCUGAUUUCAGAGGGGUUCGAGCAGAAAUCCAGGACGAUGGAGGCUCAAAUACAGUCCUUAAAGCAGGAGGUGGCAGCAUCCAGGAACAGGGGGGGUGGGGGGAGCACGUGUGUCCUCCAAUAAAAUCCUGAGGGGUGAAGGUAUGAUCCUGCUUGUCAUAUUUGCCAGUUUACUUAUCAUCAAAUAUAUGAUAAUAGCUCAACCUGCAAAACCAGGAAGCUUUUUGGAGGCAUUAUGGGUGUUGCCAUGGAAACAGGCUGAUGGACAGCUUUUUCACAUCCCCCAGCAACAGUGACUGGGCUCAGCCCCCUGGAGGUGAGGGCAUAUUUGAUAGAUGAGAAAGCUGGAACCUAAUAACUGCAAACUGAUCACAAAAGUGAUUUGUUUGUUGUGUCACCCAGUGGGUGUAAAAGGCAAUGUGCUUAACUGCACUUUUUGUGGUUCCCUGUGGUUUUGGUUUUAAAUGUUACUGUAAACAACACUCCACCCUUCCCCCUUCCAGUUAACUGAAAAAACAAGAAUUUUCAAAAUAACACAAAUAUUCCUAUUCAGUAAAUGUACAAUGUUGUUACAUGGUUUGCAAACCAUUGCUUUAUUAAACAGUUGCAACUGAAAUACAUUCUUACAGUACAAAACAUGUAGAUCUUGUAUUUUUGAGUACACUAACAAACACAUGUAAAAAUGAAAUUCUAUAUCUAUUCAAGGAUUUGAAAGAUGGACAAUAAUUUGCCAAGAGCAACAACUCAUGAAGGAAUAUACCAUACCAACUCUCAUACAAAAGGUUUUUGAAAAGGUAAAAAAAUAAAAAUACCAAGCAUGCCCAGAGAAAGAACAUUCCAUAGUGAUAUACUUAAUGUGUAACAGUUCCAUACAAAUUCAAUGCUCAUAGUUUAUUACACCUGGCGCUCUCAGAAACUCUUGCUAACGGUGUAACAAUGCUGACAGAUCGCUGUAUAUUGGACAGGGAGCACUGCCACUGUGACUGCUUCAGUAUUGCCCUCAGACUAAGGGGGCAGUUCACUGAAAAAUGCAAGUAUGCUUCCACUGUUUUGUCUCUCUCAGCAUUGCCGUGAUGAAGGCUAGCCAUCAAAAUGCAAUUGAGAUUUAAAUAAAGAAAUGUCAUUGCAUUUUCAUUACUUUAAGAA